AACCAUAGUCCAUCCAGCCCAGUGCCCACCGGUGAAGCCCUAACCGCUCCACCCUGAUUGAUUCUCUCAACUCUCGAACCAAAUCCCGCGCACUGUCUCACUCACCUGAUUCCCGGCGGCCUUGGGCCUUGCCCCUCUCUUGCAUUUCUCUUUCCCUCUUCUUCUGCUACUCACUCCCGUCACUUGCAUUUUAUCUGCUCAUGAACUCAAAAUGCAAACAUUUUCUACCUUGAGGACAGCCUUUUAGGGUUUCUCUGCUAACAUUUCCAUUGAUUUAUUGGACUCUCGCCACCUUUUAUUUUUCUGUUCUUUUCUGGGCUUAAAUGUGGACAUCAUGAAUUUGUAUAGUCUAAUGUCAGGGAAGAAUGAGUAGCUCCAGGGAAAAUUCUCCAGAUUGGCUGCGUUCUUUUCAGGCGCCAACUUCUACGCUGACAUUAUCUUCGGAUUCCAAUUCUUCACCAAACUGUAGCCCGCUUAGGGAGGAUAAAACUGAUGAUGAAGAAACCUUUCUACACAGUUCAUCUACAUUGGAAAAGGGCGAAAGAAAUGACAAUAAACUACAUCAAACUCCUUCGAAAAAGAAGAAAAUAGAUGUCUUGAAAAGUUCAGAAGGACAUAGGGAUGAUGCAAAGGCUGCUAAGGAAGAAAUAUCCAAGAAACACUUGGGACCUCAUGCAGCAAAUGGUUCAAUUUGGACAUUAUCAUCAGAUUCUGAGUCUUCUCUGGGUCGUUCUCCUAAAAGGAAGGAGAAAAUAUCUCUAUCUCAAGAGAGUGGAGAGGCCAAUGAUCCAGUUCUGACUGGCAGAGGGGACAAGUCCCCACGAAAGAAGACGUCUAAAGGAAAAUCUCCGAAAAAGGGGUUCAAAGUGGGUGGUCAGACUCCCAAAUUGGAGAAUAAUGUGAAUGAUGAUGCAAAGAUAACAGAAAAUGAUGAUAAUAUCGUGGCUGCUGAGGAGGCAUCUGAAAAGCACAUUGAGCCUCAUGUUUCUACCUCAAGGUUGCCUUUGGUGCUGUCUGAGAAAAUUCAGCGUUCAAAGGCACUUGUUGAGUGUGAAGGGGAUUCCAUAGAUUUGAGUGGUGAUGUUGGGGCUGUUGGACGAAUAGUAAUUUCAGAUACUGCAUCUGAAAAUCAUGAAAUGUUCUUAGACUUGAAAGGAACCAUUUACAAAACAACAAUAGUGCCUUCCAGAACAUUUUGCAUUGUUGGCUUUGGUCAGUCUGAGGCAAAGAUUGAGGCUAUCAUGAAUGACUUCAUUCAACUUAAAUCACAAUCCAAUGUUUACGAAGCAGAAACCAUGGUUGAAGGUACACUAGAUGGCUUCUCAUUUGAUUCUGAAGACGAAAUUGACAAGAUGCCUAAGACUAUUCCCCAUCAAACUGAUCAAAAUGGGGGCAUUGAUGGACAAAUGAACGGGAAAGCCAAAGGCAAAGCAGACAAAACAUCUACGGCAUCACGGAAGAGAGGUAAAACUGCCGGAGGAAAGCCACAGCCGCCCAAAAAAGCAGGAAAGAAAACAGUCGUUUCAAAAAAACCCAAGACCAGAAAAUGAGAGACGAAAUCAAUGUUCAAAAACUUGUUGUCUAUGCAGCCAAUUACAGACAAUUGGUAUAAAUUCCUUGCCUUGAGUAAGAGCAGAAAAUGCUUUUGCCCUUUUUUAUGACGAAAAGGUGGUCUUUUUCUCUAAGCAUAUUUCACAGUUACUAAUUAUGAGUUGCCAUCAAUUGUAAAACGUAAUAUAUGCUACUGUACCCUUGCCUUGGUAGCAUUUGGAUGAAAACCGGCAAAAUUACCUAUGCUUUCUUGAGAACUAUUUAAGCUAUUUUCUCGUGUUUUCGGCAGAAGCACCUCAUUUGCAGAUUAAUUCAGCAUGUCUAAAUAAAAACUAGUGAAUUAGGAGAAAG